UGGGAAUCCAUCAUCUCUUAACCCUAAUUCCGAAUAAGAACUGAGGACGGCCACCGAAAACCUAGAUCUCCAGAUCUCCCGAAUCUAACAGGGAGCAAGAAGAUGGUGUCUGACGCUAGCAAGAAGAAGGCAGCUCAGAAGAAGGCUGCGGCGGCCGCAAAAAGAGGCGGCAAGGCUGCGGCGGCUACUAAAGCGGCUGCGACUGCUGCCUCGGCUUCGAACGGAGUUGAUAAUUUGUCGAAUAGCGUCGAGUCCCUUCAAAUAUCUGAUCGGACGUGCACCGGCGUUCUGUGCUCGCAUCCACAAUCUAGGGAUAUUCGGAUAGAAUCUCUCUCUGUCACGUUCCAUGGUCACGAUCUCAUUGUUGAUUCAAUUUUGGAGCUCAACUAUGGGAGACGUUAUGGUUUGCUUGGGCUGAAUGGUUGUGGGAAGUCCACACUUUUAUCUGCAAUAGGGUGCAGAGAGCUGCCAAUUCCUGAUCAUAUGGAUAUCUACCAUCUCACCAGGGAGAUUGAAGCUACUGACAUGUCCUCGCUUGAGGCUGUCAUUUGCUGUGAUGAAGAGAGAUUGAAGUUGGAGAGGGAAGCAGAAGCUUUGGCUGAACAGGAGGAUGGGGGUGGAGAACUUCUUGACCGAAUCUAUGAGCGUCUAGAAGCUAUGGAUGCUUCUACCGCAGAGAAGCGUGCUGCUGAAAUCCUGUAUGGUCUUGGUUUCGACAAGAAAAUGCAGGCAAAGAAAACAAAAGAUUUUUCUGGUGGAUGGAGAAUGCGAAUUGCAUUAGCAAGAGCGCUUUUCAUGAACCCAACAAUCCUUUUGCUUGAUGAGCCGACUAAUCACUUGGAUUUGGAAGCCUGUGUCUGGUUGGAGGAGAGUCUCAAGAAGUUCGAUCGUAUUCUUGUUGUGGUGUCCCACUCACAGGAUUUCUUGAAUGGGGUCUGUACAAACAUUAUCCACAUGCAGAGCAGGAUACUGAAGUACUACACUGGUAACUACGAUCAGUAUGUUCAGACCCGUUCCGAGCUUGAAGAAAACCAGAUGAAACAGUACAGAUGGGAGCAGGAGCAGAUUUCGCACAUGAAGGAAUACAUUGCUAGGUUUGGUCAUGGUUCAGCUAAGCUUGCUCGUCAAGCACAGAGUAAGGAGAAAACCCUGGCGAAGAUGGAGCGAGGUGGACUGACGGAAAAGGUGGCGAGGGAUAAGGUUCUCGUCUUCCGUUUUGUUGAUGUCGGGAAGCUUCCUCCACCCGUGCUCCAGUUUGUGGAAGUCUCGUUCGGGUACACCCCCGACAAUCUCAUUUACAAGAACCUCGAUUUUGGAGUCGACCUGGACUCGAGGGUUGCACUGGUGGGACCCAACGGUGCCGGGAAGAGUACCCUUCUGAAGCUAAUGACAGGUGAAUUGACGCCAACCGAUGGAAUGGUCAGGCGUCACAACCAUCUAAGGAUUGCUCAGUACCAUCAGCACUUGGCUGAGAAGCUCGACAUGGAAGUGUCUGCGCUUCAGUACAUGAUGAGAGAGUACCCGGGCACGGAAGAGGAGAGGAUGAGGGCGGCGGUGGGGAAAUUCGGGCUGUCGGGGAAGGCGCAGGUGAUGCCGAUGAAGAAUCUGUCGGACGGGCAGAGGAGCCGAGUGAUAUUUGCGUGGCUAGCGUACAGGCAGCCGCAGAUGCUUCUGCUGGACGAGCCCACAAACCAUCUGGACAUAGAGACGAUAGAUUCGCUGGGGGAGGCGUUGAACGAGUGGGACGGAGGAUUGGUAUUGGUGAGUCACGACUUUAGGCUGAUAAAUCAGGUGGCGAAUGAGAUAUGGGUGUGUGAGAAUCAGGCCAUCACCAGAUGGGAAGGUGACAUUAUGGAUUUCAAGGAGCACCUCAAGCAGAAAGCUGGCUUAUCCGAAUGAAACUGAUGGUGCACAAAAAACCCUCUUCUUCUUUUGAGUUAUGAAGCAAAGGAAGAAUAUCAGAAUGCAUCAUCCGCCCAAGAGAGGAUGAUUGUCGUAGAGCUGUUUACUGCCUCUCUGCCCUUUUUGGUCGUUUAUGAGGUCAGAGGUUUUUGUUGGUGUUUCUUUUUUUUAAAAAAAAAAAUCAAUUGGAAUUUUUUUGGAGAAGGUCGAGAUACGGACAAGUGGGAUGUUGUUAGACUCGAGUUUAUAACACAUUUAUUAUUAUUA